AUGGACGCCGACGCCGUCCGCCGGCCCGUCUUGCGACGCGGGUCGAUCCUCUACGCGCCGCUUUUGCACCAGCGAGUGCACGUCGACCUUGAUCUCGUGCCAGAGCCGCUGAGCCUCCACGACGAAGCGGAGGCAGAGCCCGAAGAACGUGACGAGAGUGACAUGAAGGCUACCACCAAGUCGGUGCCCAUUACGCUCUCGGCGCCAAGUCCGUCGCAGGCCGAGAGCCCGAGCGCCUCGAACGAAGCACGGCUCAUCGAGGCGCUCCUCGGCAACAACGACCGGUGCGAACCGAGCCCGGUCUCGGACUUUGCCUCCUUGCACUCGCGUGGUCUCGACCCGACGUCGACGUACGCGCAGGCCAAGCACCGCGACCACCUCCACGACUACAUCAAAAUGUCGCGGCACAUGGUGCACAAGGUCAAGUCGGGGCAGAGCCUCGACCGCACGAUCGCGCGGCAGCAGACCGAGAUGACGUCGGCCAAACACCGGUCCUCGAUUGCGCUCGCGAAUGCGUGCGUCUCGGCCGUCUCGGCGACGCUCAAGUCGGCGCCCCGACCGCUGGGGCUCGACAUGGCCGUGCAGUUCCUGUCGCCCAACGGCGCUGCGCUCGGCGGCGCCCACGACGACCAGCUCGCGCUGCGUCUCAACACCAAGAAGCAUUUCUUCCGCCUGCGCGCCGGGCCUUGGGCUCACGAUCCCUGCCUUCCAUCGGACCCCGUUGCGAUCGAGACAUCGGACCAAACGCGCUUCCUUUGCGCACCUGCCAAGCUAGGGUCGGCGGUGCGCCUGCAGCCGCGCGCGUGGAGCCAAGAUGCGCCAGGGCUCGUCACGCCCGAGAUGUACGCCAACUACAAGUGGGUGCUGCAGCCCGCGCGGCGCAAGCGCGACGCCUCGAUCGUCGACAAGAUGCUCGUGCUCUUGACCCAAGUCCGCCAGAUCGGCGCCAACUCGGUUCUCUACUGCCUCGGCCACGACUUGCACAUGCACGCUACCACGGCCACGUAUGCGAUGGACCACUGCAGCUGGAUGCUCCAGCUGCCGACGCGGAGACCGGCGCCGGUGCGCGCGACCAAGACCAAGACGCGCGUGCCACCCGUGAUUUACCCGCUCACGCGCCCGCAAAACCGGUACCGGGCGUGGACGGCCACCCACGAGGCUGCUCUCCACGCACAGAGCGCAUCGGACGACGCCCGUCUUGAGUUUCAAGCGCAGAUGGAGACGACGUUUCGAGACCUCGCGUCCAGCGAGACGACGACGACGACGACGACGACGAUCGUCGACGAGGCGACCCCUGCGCUCGCCCCGGCCCGCGCGUACUGCGUGCGUCGCGUGCAUAGCAACACGUCGGAGCUCACGGAUCCCGAACGACUUCAGCUCUUACAAGUGCACAAUCCGAACGUCUACGGCCGCCUCGCGCCGCACCCGGCAACGACAACGAAUACGCGUUCCUCAUGAGCGGCAUGGAACGCAUUAGCCAGCU